GUGACAUAAACAAUAUGGCUGCUGGGUCGUUACAGCGCCUCUCAUCUGCUGGGAGAUAUCUCCUACAGAGACAGUUACUGAAGACUAACUCUUUUAGCAGGCUUACAGCCGGACAGCACAGACUCUGGGCAACUCAGGCUGCUCACCAGGUGGCCCUAAAUGUUCCUGAGACCAAGUUGACCUCCUUAGAAAAUGGGCUCCGCGUGGCCUCUGAGGACUCCGGGCUCCCCACAUGCACUGUGGGCCUCUGGAUAGACGCCGGUAGUCGCUAUGAGAACCAGAGAAAUAAUGGCACGGCACAUUUUCUGGAACAUAUGGCAUUUAAGGGUACCAGGAAGCGCUCCCAGCUGGACCUGGAGUUGGAGAUUGAGAACAUGGGGGCUCACCUGAACGCCUACACAUCCCGGGAGCAGACUGUGUACUACGCCAAAGCUUUCUCUAAAGAUCUUCCUCGAGCCGUGGAGAUCCUGGCCGACAUCAUCCAGAACAGCAUGCUGGGGGAGGCCGAGAUCGAGAGGGAGCGAGGGGUGAUCCUCAGAGAGAUGCAGGAAGUGGAGACCAACCUGCAGGAAGUGGUGUUCGACUACCUGCACGCCACCGCGUACCAGUCUACAGCGCUGGGCAGGACCAUCCUCGGCCCCACCGAGAACAUCAAGACCAUUAACAGAGGAGACCUGGUGGAGUACAUCACCACUCACUACAAAGGACCCAGGAUAGUGUUGGCUGCUGCUGGAGGAGUUUCUCAAGAUGAGCUCAUCGAUUUGGCCAAGUAUCACUUCGGAAAGCUUCCCGGCAGAUACGAGGGUGAGGCCCCGGCACUUCCCCCAUGCCACUUCACAGGAAGUGAGAUCCGUGUGCGUGACGACAAGAUGCCCCUGGCUCACAUCGCCAUCGCAGUGGAAGCGGUAGGGUGGUCGCACCCGGACACCAUCCCUCUCAUGGUGGCCAACACGCUGAUCGGAAACUGGGACCGCUCAUUCGGCGGAGGGGUGAAUCUGUCCAGUAAGCUGGCUCAGAUGGCCUGUCAGGGGAACCUGUGCCACAGCUUUCAGUCCUUCAACACCUGUUACACAGACACAGGCCUGUGGGGCCUGUACAUGGUGUGCGAGCCCGGCACCAUCAACGAAAUGAUGCACUUCACUCAGAUGGAAUGGAUGUCUCUUUGCACGAGCGUGUCGGAGAGCGAGGUGGCACGCGCCAAAAAUCUGCUCAAGACCAACAUGCUCCUGCAUCUCGACGGAUCCACCCCUAUCUGCGAGGACAUCGGCAGACAGAUGUUGUGCUACAGCCGCAGGAUCCCUCUGCAUGAGCUGGAGUCCAGAAUAGACGCCAUCGAUGCUACCACCAUUAAGGAUGUGUGCACCAAAUAUAUCUACAACAAAGCUCCUGCCAUUGCUGCUGUUGGUCCAAUUGAACAGCUGCCAGACUACAACCAGAUCCGCAGCGGAAUGUUCUGGAUGAGAACCUGAGCUGAACCCCUUAACCCUCUGAAGACACAUCACCCAUCAACUGUACAGCACACAAACACAAAGUCACUAUUUAACUAUUGUCUGUAGUAUUUUUUCCUCCUUUAAUUUUUUAUUAUAAAAUAAAGACCAACACAAUAAUGUUA